CAUCCUGAAUGCCCGUGGAAGCAGAAACUCAAGUUUCUUUGUGUGUGUUAACAUGCGUCCCUGUCUGUUUUCCACAGGUUUAUAGCGGUCAUCACUAUGACUGAUGGGGAUUAUGACUACCUUAUAAAGCUCCUUGCCCUGGGGGACUCCGGCGUGGGGAAAACCACCUUCCUGUACCGAUACACAGACAACAAGUUCAACCCCAAGUUCAUCACCACAGUCGGCAUCGACUUCAGGGAAAAGAGAGUGGUGUACACAGCGUCCAACCCAAAUGGGACGACCACAGGGAAAACCUUCAAGGUUCACCUUCAGCUCUGGGACACAGCUGGACAGGAGAGGUUCCGCAGCCUGACGACGGCCUUCUUCAGAGACGCCAUGGGGUUCCUGCUGAUGUUUGAUCUCACCAGCCAGCAGAGCUUCCUCAAUGUCAGAAACUGGAUGAGCCAGCUACAGGCCAAUGCCUACUGUGAGAACCCAGAUAUCGUGUUGGUAGGAAACAAGGCGGACCUGGCCGACCAGCGGGAGGUUCAGGAAAAACAGGCCAAAGAGCUGGCCGAUAAAUACGGGAUUCCGUACUUUGAGACGAGUGCAGCGACAGGAGCGGAGGUGGACAAGGCAGUGAUAACGCUGUUGGACCUGGUCAUGAAGAGGAUGGAGCAGUGCGUCGACAAACCGCCCGCUGAGCCCGCCAACGGGAACGGGGCCACAAAGCUCGGUGAUGCGCAGCCCAACGAGAAGAAAUGUGCAUGUUAGAUCGAGUCUGCGAUUCAGGAAAUGACCAGUCAACGUCCAUCCUUUCUACUCGUCACAUCCCUCCAUCUUUUUACUUUCCUCCUCCGGUCAUCUUUGAUUGCAUGUUACUUUGUCUUCUCUUCAUUCCUUUCUCUCUAAAACUAACCUUUAACCAUCCUCUCCUCUUUCUCAAUGAAACAACUCUGCCCCCCUCUAGUGGAUAGUCCAGAUACUGCAGUCUCAGCCUGUCUGCCUUUGAGCCCUGUUUAGGAGGAAGUUAAAACAGUUUCAUCACUGUCAGACACAUAAUGUGCCUCGUUUAAAACAUGCAGCCUGGGAAUUAAGCUCCGCACGCUCCCACUUUCUCUCAUAGCAUGUGGUUUGAAUGAUUUUAAUGGCUUUAAACAGUCAAAAAAAGAUGUUUAAGUUCAUCGCUUUGUAACAGGGGGAAGAUUUUGCUUCCUGUUUAGGCUGCCACUGGUUGACAGCCUAAUCUGGGCCAUAAAGAGUUUAACAUCAGGCUGUAUAUUUGUAUAAAUCCCUGAAGCUUUUCCUCCUGGACCAGGCUGAACAUCUGUGUGACCAGUGUGUUUUUAUCCUUAUUUAUUCCCUGUUUCACACUGUCUGUGCUGUACCUGUAUUUGCCAGAAAUGAUCAUUUUUAACAGCAGUUUUGUGUGGUUUGAUAAUGCUAGAAAUUUGCUAACAAUGCACCAAAUAAUUUAGCCAAUGUUUGAUGGUUAGCUUCUGUAGCUAACUUUACGAUAAGUUAUCUUAAUCCUCAAUUAGCUGUCCAGAUAAAUAUUCAGCCUAAAUUAAAAUUUAUAUUAAAUAAAUAUACAUGACAUAGAUACAAAGCAGAGGAAGGUUAAAAACCUCUGCAGAGUUUGUGGCAUAACCAUUGCUGAUGUCUCGUUUCCAAUCUGUUUAGCAGGUAACAUAGCUAGCCACUAACGGAGAGAACAGUGCUGCAGUGUUGGCAGUGGCUGCAAACUACAUGCUAAUAUUAACAAAAGCAGUUGAGAAGUGUUUUUGAGGAAAGAUUUCACAAUGUUUUAUUAAAACAUGGAAAUAAAUAGAGAGAAUAAUGUCAUAAUGUAUCGGGAAAUGUUUUCGUAUCAGUCUUCUCAAAAUCAACACAGCAAACGUCUUGUUAGCUCUUUAUGUUCAAGGAUAUUGUGACUGUUGAGUUAUUGCUUUCUGUGCCAAUACUUUAAAGUUUUCUCUGGAGGAGUGCUCAUACAUCUUUAUAUCUGACUUUUGAUACCAAAACAAUAGCAUGUGGAAAGUUUAGCUAACGUAGCCUACACUGCUGUGCUUUGUUUGUUUGUUUGUUUGUUUAGGAUUUUUUGGAUACUUUGGAUACUUUUACAUUGCAUUAAUAACAUUGUGUACUUAAUUAAUUUUUUGAAGUAACUGUUGUUUGCAGAUUUAAAGAUAGUAUACCAUUCAUAUUUUAGGGUAAAUAUGGGUACAGCAUGAUACAUGUGCAAUGGAGGAAAAAAGCCAACAUUGUAUAUUAUUAUAAGAGUAUAGACCAGGAUAGACGUAUUGUUCCAAACUGAUCUACUGCCUUGGCUUUUAAAGCGUUAUUCCACUGUGGAGGCCGAUUUCAUCUCUGUUGGAGUUUGAGAUAAGUCAGCUAUAUUGGUUGCUCUGGGGCUCCAUUGUCACCAUGACUUAGUAUCAUUUAACUGAAAACAAAAUUAUAGUACAGCCUAAAAGAAAAUGGCUAUAGCAGAUAGAACAAGCAUGGCAUUUGAGUCAAUUAGCUAUAGCGGCACUGAAAAAGUUAAGUGGUGAGGAUAAUCAUAUCUAGUAGGAAUUGUUUUUUAUUGUGAAGAUAAAUACUAAUAAUUAUAUCUAGUGGGAAUCGUUUUUUAUUGUGAAAAUAAACCUGACAAUGAGAAAAAAUGCCAAAUAUCAGUGGGGUGAUGUUCGAUCUUCAGGGCUGCUGACUUUAGAGUCUUUUUAACCGAUAAUCAGAUGAAGUGAAAUAACGCUUUAAGGCCCCAUACAUGACCAAUGUCAUUAGAAUAUAAAGUGACCAAUUAUUUAUAUUAGAAGAAAUGUAAAACAUUAAAUAUUAUUUCUGUUGUCAUAUUUCAUGUUUCAUGUUUUAUCCUUUUUAUCUGUCACACUCACUUCUUUGGUUGUUGUCAUGUUCAUGUCCGUCAAGAGCAAAUUAUCUCAACUGUAUUCAUAUUUGUGAUAUUUGUUUUUCAUCACUGUAGUGCUCUUAAGUACAGUUGUCAAAUUAUCCCAGAAGUACAAAUUUAUCCACAAAGUGUGUCUAACAUGAGGAAAAUACACUAUUAGAAACUCCUGAGGAAGUACAGCAGUUUUUCACUCUGUUCUGAACUGGACUUUUUUUGGCUCAAGACUUGAAGUUACUGUGGACCAACCUUUUGUCUUGUUUUGUUGCUCAACACUAUAUUGUUUAUUUUCAUUUUGUAUCAGAACAUUUAGCCCAGUGAAAUCAUGGAUACAUUCCACUGAGCUCAGCAUAAAAAGCUGCAUGUUUUGUACCAUGAUGCUAAGCUUGAGCACGGUGAAAAAGAAACGUCUUUAAAAGCCCUUUAGACAUAAAUUUGCAACAAAAACACAGUUUAAAUAAAUGUCAAAAAUCAGCUUCGGUUUCAAGAUUAUCUCCUUUGUUUUAAGUGCAACUCAGCAAUUUUCCUCUUAUCAAGUAACACCUUGAUCUGCCUUACUUCGUGAAAAAUCUUGAGCCAAUGUUGAGGUGCACCAGAAACAAGGGAAAGAAUCUAUCGUCAUUUAUCGUUAUUGCUGCCAAUUAAAUUAUUAUUUUGUCCUUCAGUGAACCAGCUUGUUAUCACAGUCCAAACUUACAGCUGUAGAAUAUUAAGAUAACUGCGGGUUUGCAAAGUGUACCGAAACAAGUGGCUGCCAAAUGGGUCAACAGCAAUGUUAAGUAUGUAAUGUGUGACUAAUUGAUGGCAAGUUAAAGCACCAUAGAGCUUUGGCUUCACCUUGUUGUCACAUAUAUUUAAUCUGACAGUGUGCCAAAUAAAAACAGGAAACACCACAAAGAAGCGUUUGUUUUCGACAAAACCUCAGAAAAACUGCCUUCACAGUUUUAAAAAAUGUGUUUUUGUGUCUGUUCUUUUUUAGUUCGAAAGCCAACAGAGUCAUCUGCCAACAGCUGAUCUCAGUGCCAUAUGAAAUACUAAUAAGGAGAUAGAUAGAUAGUCAGAGCUGGCUCACAUUGUAACAUUCUCUCCCAAAUUAUUAGCAGCAAAAUAGUGAUAAUGUUCCCAGAAAAUACUGUGUCUGUAUGGGUUUAUUUGUACUGUUUCAGCUGAUCAUCUGCUGUUUUUUUGCUCAAAUCUGUAUAUUUAGUCUUUUUUUUCUAUACACAUUUCUAAACAUUUAACAAGGCACCUGAAGUGGAGUUUUCUUACUAUGGGCUUUGUUUCCUUUUCUCCAACUUACAUUCAUAAAGCAAGUCCUGUUACAGUGAAACAAGUAAUUUUUCAACAGAUUUGCAUCUUUAAGACUUCUUAAAGACGGCUUUGACAACACUUAAAGCUGCAGCUGGGAGUGAAAUUUUUGGACACUUGGGUUGCUGAGAGCGCUGAGACCAGUGACUAAAUAUGAAGAUGGAUGACACAUCUCCACUCUCUUCCACUGUACAAAAAUGAAGCCAAAAUAUCCCGGUCCUGGGGCAGCCAUCUUGCGCUGGCCGUGUCAUUUGGAGCCAGAGUCUUGCCCAACCAAUCGCAAGUCAGUCACAGCUUUCAAUUAAAAAUAACAAAUUAAAACCAAACUUAUCAGGAAAAUUAACUCAAUCAGCAUGUUAAUAACUACGAAAAAGCCAUCUUUGGAUGUGCUUUGAUGUUAUACUUUGGCCAGUGUUCCAUUUGGGGGCAUGCCCGAUGAUCUAUACUGCAGCCAGGCACCAAGGGGCGAUCAACAUGUUUUGGCUUCACUUUUGAGGAGCUGUCAUGUCAUCAAUCUUUAUAUACAGUCAUCGGCUGAGACUGAACCUAACAGUACUACAAAAAUUGUGAUUAAUGCAGCUUUAAAAUGUCUUAUAUGCAUCUUUAAAAGUAUUACAAUAAGGUUACCAUGUGUGAAGCCACUUUUCAGACUUGUCUUUUCAGACUAAAUUGUUUCAUUUUUGAAAAAUUCAAUGUUUUUUUUCAUAGAAAUGUAAUGAAACUUUUAAACUGUGAGGUAGAAAGAUCAUUAAUUGCCCAUAAAUGUCAUGCAGCCUUACUGAUCUAGAUGACUAGCAACUAAUUUGAAAAAUGUUUUUUGGGUAAUUUUGAUUAAUUUAUAUUUGCAUUUUUAAAAAAAAGAUAAAACAUGCACAUUUAUCAUUAAGAUCUACGCAACAACACAGAUUAAGUAAAGUAAGGAGACACAAUUAAUUAAAGCAUUAAAGCACCAAAUUAAUAGUAAUGACUGGCACUGGUUGAGAACAAAUUACCGGUGCACUUCACCUCCAGAUGGACAACCAUUUUGAACCAAUGCCUUUUAAUCAUGACAAUCUUCUGAAACGAUUUGUCAGCUUUUAUCUGAGACCUCCUUCUUAUAUUGAUCAUUACCUUUCAUUUGAAUUUGUAUUGUAUGUUUGUCCUUAAAUUUAGUGUUUAGUUGUGCCACAGUUGCGUCUUAACAUUUACUUCACUGUCUUGAAUCAUGUUUUUCUUAAAGAAUCUCUCUCAUGAACCUUAACAUCUUUAAUGUAGUUUUUGAAUUCACUUUGAAAGUUUACACUGUUUGAAGAGUCAUGUUGUGCCUGUUAUUAACUCUUCUGUCUGAUCCUCUGUAAAGUUUGUGAGCUACUGAAUAUUUUAAUGCAUUAUUGAUCAUAGAUUACAAAACAGAGGCAAAAGAGAACAGAAGUCCUGAUGUUGUUUUUGUGCCCGAUAUAUCAAAACAACUAAUCAAUCCAAGUACCUCUAAGAGCUUUUAUUUUUGGAAACCCUCUGUGUGUGAAUUCUCUCUGAUGCCUGCGGUUUGUACACGUUUGUUCAGUUUUCACUGUGUGUAUCGAUGCCUGUGUGUGUUUGUUGGGUUUGUUGCACUGUCAGCAUGUUUGACACCACCAGAAUGGAAUGACCUGUGAUGCGUUUAGUGUUUCUGAUGUCAGAGCUGCAAAUAAAUAUCUGUGUGUGUUUUUA